UUGGUGCCUAAGAAGAUGAUAAUCACACAAAUAAGUCAGUUCUACAUGACUAGCCUUGGGCUUCUCUUCCUGAUUAAUAUUCUCCCUGGAACAACUGGCCAAGGGGAAUCAAGACGACAAGAACCUGGGGACUUUGUGAAGCAGGAUAUUGGCGGACUCUCUCCGAAGCAUGCUCCAGAUAUUCCUGAUGACAGCACCGACAACAUCACUAUAUUCACCAGAAUCUUGGAUCGUCUUCUGGAUGGCUAUGACAACCGGCUGCGACCUGGGCUUGGAGAUGCAGUGACUGAAGUUAAGACUGACAUCUACGUGACCAGUUUUGGCCCUGUGUCAGACACUGACAUGGAGUACACCAUUGAUGUAUUUUUUCGACAGACAUGGCAUGAUGAAAGACUGAAAUUUGAUGGACCCAUGAAGAUCCUUCCACUGAAUAAUCUCCUGGCUAGUAAGAUCUGGACCCCUGACACCUUCUUCCACAAUGGCAAGAAAUCAGUGGCCCAUAACAUGACCACACCUAACAAGCUGCUCAGACUGGUGGACAAUGGAACCCUCCUCUACACCAUGAGGUUAACAAUUCAUGCCGAGUGUCCCAUGCAUUUGGAAGAUUUUCCUAUGGAUGUGCAUGCCUGCCCACUGAAGUUUGGCAGCUAUGCCUAUACAACAGCCGAAGUAGUUUACUCUUGGACUCUUGGGAAGAACAAAUCUGUGGAAGUGGCACAGGAUGGCUCUCGACUGAAUCAAUAUGACCUGCUGGGCCAUGUUGUUGGGACAGAAAUAAUCCGGUCUAGUACAGGAGAAUAUGUCGUCAUGACAACCCACUUCCAUCUCAAGCGAAAAAUUGGCUACUUUGUGAUCCAGACCUACUUGCCAUGUAUCAUGACUGUCAUUCUGUCACAAGUGUCUUUCUGGCUCAACAGAGAGUCUGUCCCUGCCCGCACGGUCUUUGGUGUCACCACUGUUCUCACCAUGACCACCUUGAGUAUCAGUGCCAGAAACUCCUUACCUAAAGUGGCAUAUGCGACGGCCAUGGAUUGGUUCAUAGCCGUCUGUUAUGCCUUUGUAUUUUCUGCGCUGAUUGAAUUUGCCACUGUCAACUACUUCACAAAGCGGAGUUGGGCUUGGGAAGGCAAGAAGGUGCCAGAGGCCCUGGAAAUGAAGAAGAAAACACCAGCAGUCCCGACAAAGAAAACCAGCACCACCUUCAACAUCGUGGGGACCACCUAUCCCAUCAACCUGGCCAAGGACACUGAGUUCUCCACCAUCUCCAAGGGCGCUGCUCCUAGUGCCUCCUCAACCCCGACAAUCAUUGCUUCACCCAAGACCACCUACGUGCAGGAUAUCCCAACUGAGACCAAGACCUACAACAGUGUCAGCAAGGUUGACAAAAUUUCCCGCAUCAUUUUUCCUGUGCUCUUUGCCAUUUUCAAUCUGGUCUAUUGGGCCACAUAUGUCAACCGGGAGUCAGCUAUCAAGGGCAUGAUCCGCAAACAGUAG